UGUCAUUUUUCACACAUAUGUUUUCUACUUCUGUCCCAUGGAUUUAUUUCGUCAUGUCCUUUCGUGCUGCAACUUCCCGGGUCGGGUCACUCCUGCCCUAUUUCCUUUUCGACCAUACCCGAAAAUAUCUGUUAGCAUGGAACUGUGAAAGACAUGAAAUUGCAAUUCAAGAAUCGGGUUGUUUCAUUGCCAGGUGGUAACCAUUUCUUAACCCGAAAGAACCCUCAACCUUUUCGAGUUCACAGUUUGCCUCAAACCCUAGAAAUGGUGACUGAAUCGGGUCAUUCAAAGAGACCCAUGUGCCCAUCAUGCUCCAAACCGACCCGCCUCUGUCUCUGCACUCGACUGAAGAUUCCAUGUCUCAAAAACUCCGUGGCUGUCACAAUCCUUCAGCACAGUCUAGAGAAAAAACACCCUCUCAAUUCAACAAGAAUUGCUUCUAUAGGCCUGCAAAAUUUGAGUGUAAUUUCAGUCUCUGAUGUUAAUUAUGAGGCUCAGUUUCUCAUACGUUUGCUCAACUCAAACCUUGAAAUUGGUUCUCAUGCUUUGGAUGAAAAGACUCCACCUUUGAUUAAAGACUCCAACUUUGAUAGUAAUGCUGAUGUUUCUUUUACUAUAGAGAAGUACGGUACAAAUUGUCCCUUUCAGAAUCAAGAUUUGAGUAAGCUAUUUGGCUCUAGAGCUACUAUUGAUGAUAUACGAAAAGGGAUUUUAGUAAAAAAGUUGCAGAGAAAGCCAUUAAAGGGGAGCAGUGAGUAUCAAGAAUUAGAGGAGUUUGAAGUUGCAGUUCCUCUAGGAUCAGUACUGCUUUUUCCAAGUGAAAAUUCGAUUGGCGUGGAGGAUAUAGAUUUUGAAGUGAAAAAUCUGAUAGUACUGGAUGGAACAUGGGCAAAGGCAAAGAGAAUGUAUAAUGAGAAUCCUUGGUUGAAGGUGUUGCCACAUGUGAAGUUGGAUGUGGAGAAGCUGAGCUUGUAUAGUGAAGUAAGGCAUCAACCUAAAGCUGGAUAUUUGUCCACAAUUGAGAGUAUUGUAUAUGCUUUGAAAGCUGUUGGGGAAGAGGAUUCUGAAGGAUUGGAUCAUUUGUUGGAUGUAUUUGAGUCCAUGGUUGGUGAUCAGAGGAGAUGCAAGGAUGAUAGAUUGAGGCUAAGGCUCUCCAAUUGUGACUCAAAUUUAGAUGAAUGUUCUUAAGUUCACUCUGAACUUGAUUUGGAUUACUAGUUGAGUGCACCCAAUCUUCUUUCUCAAUGAGCAUGCUAGUACUAGGAUUGUUCACUUUGUGUUGUAUUUUUAUUCAUUGUACUCUGACUCUUGUUGCAUUUGAAGCAGCUAACAGUCUCAACUAUCUUAAACGAAGAAUCUUUCUUAA